AUGUCGCUCAAGAUCGAGCGGGACACGGUCCGCAAGGGCACCGAGUCCCUCGCCAGCGCUGCUCGCGAUGGCCAUCUGCCCGGCACCAGCGGCAAGCAUCCCAUCGCUGAGAAGCUCGGCACCGCCAUCACCGGAGGCAAGACGAAUGCCGGCACCAAGGGCUACUUGAUGGCCUACAUCAAGCAGCUCGAAGAGAACCCGCUCCGCACCAAGAUGCUCACAUCCGGCACCCUCGCCGGUCUCCAGGAGUUCCUCGCAUCAUGGCUCGCAAAGGACCGCAACAAGCACGGCAACUACUUCACGUCGCGAGUCCCCAAGAUGGCCGCGUACGGCGCCCUGAUCAGUGCGCCCCUGGGCCACUUCUUGAUCUGGUGCCUGCAGAAGGCCUUCAAGAAUAGGACGAGUCUGCGCGCCAAGAUCCUCCAGAUCCUCGUUAGCAACCUGAUCAUCGCCCCCAUCCAGAACUCGGUGUAUCUCGUCGCCAUGGCCCUCAUCGCCGGUGCCCGUACGUACCACCAAGUCCGCGCCACCGUCCGUGUUGGUUUCAUGAAGGUCAUGAAGGUAUCAUGGGUCACGUCUCCCAUCUGCCUCGCCUUUGCGCAGCAGUUCCUGCCCGAGCAGACCUGGGUGCCAUUCUUCAACGUGGUCGCCUUCAUCAUUGGCACCUACAUCAACACCAUGACCAAGAAGAAGAGGCUUGCUGCUCUCCGCAAGAAGCACUUUGGCGACGGCCGCGACGGCCGUACAUCGGGCUCCCUGGGCGGACGUCCCGAGGACUACCCCGGUCCCAUGGGCCCAAACCCACCUUACUAA